CAGAUGGAAGCGCACCGCCCCUGUGCGCGCACUAGCUCGAGGGCAGAUUAAUGUAGGAUUUGAGCACCUGACUAAGUAACGGGAAACUGCUGAAACUGCUGAUGACUGUAUGGACUGGACCCUUUUAAUUUAAUUGCUAAAUAUAUUAAUCAAUUGUUAUUCAAAUUUUUUGUCUUGCUGUCUUUUUUGGAGUUGGAACCGAAGUUACUAUCUGUUUUAUUUGGCAGUGCUUUUAUAGCCUAAUGUUUCUGAAGGGUGUUACAGUGAGCUGUCAAACUCUUGUAAUUUAUUUAUUUUGAUGCUAUUUAAAUAUAUAGAGCCAAACUGACAAAGAAGUGGAAGGGCGCUUAAAUUAAUUGUUUAGUUGCUUUGCACUGAUCAAAAGGUCAUAUUCAAUGUCAAUCCACUUUUUAUUUUGUGUCUAUCGAGAACAUUUCUAAAGGUUGCAAAACAUUUUUAGACGAACAUGAGAAAGUCUUUCUUUAAACGAGGGAAGGUGGUUCCUUGGAUAACUAAUGUCACGCUAUACGGAUGCUUGUUUGCGGGUGGGGAUUUUGCGCAUCAGUGUUUUGCGCAAAGGGAUGAGAUUGACUGGAGGCACACGAGAAACGUGGCUAUAGUGGCCCUCGGUUUCCAAGGUAACUUCAAUUACUUCUGGUUACGGGCCUUGGAACGUCGUUUCCCGGGAAGAUCGGCUGGCAUGAUCUUCCGCAAAUUGCUUUUGGAUCAAACUUUUGCAUCACCUUUGGCGACCAGUGUCUUCUACACAGGUGUGAGUUUCUUAGAAGGCAAGGAGGACAUAUUUGCAGACUGGCGAGAAAAGUUUUUUAACACAUACAAGACUGGACUAAUGUAUUGGCCAUUCAUGCAGUUUCUGAAUUUUGUUUUGAUGCCCCUAUAUCUGAGAACAGCAUUCAUGGGCUGUUCAGCAUUCCUGUGGGCUACAUUCUUAUGUUUCUCACAUCAGAGUGGAGAUGGAACAGCAGCAGUGGCUUUAGCCUGGGUCAUGGCCCCCAAAAAAGCACUUCUAGCUCGCAGUUCUGGUGAGGAGAAAUAAUGACAUCGUGCCACGCACGAACAUGCCUUUGUUGAUGGACGGUUCUGUCCUACACUGCUACUACUGUGAUUAUAAAUCUUAUUUAAACUUGUCAUUAUAUUCAACUUACUGCUGUUAUGAACAUGUAUACGUUUACUGUAUAUUUAUGCUGAAAAACAUUACAGCAUUAGGUUUCCAUUCAACUCAAAUGCCUCAUUUGUUUAAUUUAUUCAUAUAACAAUGCUGUGAAAAUGUUUUAAAAGUUAAUACUAGGGGUUAUGUAAAAUAGAAAUAACUCCUAAAGAUAAUAAUGGCAUGUACCUACUUUGGUUGUAUGUGUUGUAUUUAACAUAAAUUCUAAUAAUCAUUUAGUUUAAUUAUCUAAAAUGUCAAUAUGCUUUUGAUUCACAUUGAGAAUAGUGUCUCUUUUUUAAAGAGAAAUGAAGACACAUCCAUGCAUAAGGUUUACAUAACACGCUUCAAUUCCACAUGUUGGAUGCAGUUAUGCAAAAUCUUGUUUAACUUAUAAAUGGAUAUGUUAUUUAUUGUAAUUAUGUAUUAUUUGUCACAGUUUACACGUUGUUUAUCAUGUUUAAUAGUUAAGAUCUAGCAGUGGUUACAUAUGUAAUUUGAACAGCUUCAUGUCAAGCUGCUGUUUAGACAGUGUAUAGGUAAUGUUUAACAUGUUGCAAGACAGAUCAACAUAGAUCAUGGGAGAUAUUGAGGGUGGUUCUGGGUAACUUGUAUAAACAGCUUUUCCUGUGCUGAUUGUCUAUGUGGAUUAAGCAGAUAACGCGUUUGCUAAUCUUUGAAAGGCAGAAAUGUCUGCUGUGCACAAGCUGUCUGCCAUAUAUGACAACGGGGAAAAAAUCUAAAUGUAUAUCAUUUUGCAUGUAAGGAUUUUAAAUGCCUUUGUGUUUUGAUUUUAAAAUGCUUAUUGUAAGACAGGUUGAGAACAAACCCAUAACUGUUUUUAAGGUUUCUUGUUAGAAUUGUAAAGAUAAAAUACCCACUAUUUUUUCAUGACUCAGUAUCUGAUGGUGCAAUUUAGGUAUUAGCAUUAGGUCUUAGAUUAGGUCAUUAGGUCUUUUUUACUCCCUGUUUUUAGCACACUCAAU